AUGCCUACUAGGGACCUAAGGCAGUUGAUUAAGCAGGAGAAGCAGUUGAGAUCGUCAUUAGAAAAUGUGGAAGAGUUCUUAAAUAACUACGACAAUGAUCGCGAUGAGGGUGUAGUGGAAUUGCGAUUAACGAAGCUGGAUGAAAUCUUUGAAAAGUUUUGUGCAGUUAGAGUCGAAAUAGAUGUGAUCUUAGACGAAGUUGAUGCUGGCGAUACAUAUGAAAGCGCUGCUGAUGAUGAUGAAGGUGUCGCAGGCAGUGAUGCCGGGAACGUUACUGCGUACAAAGAAUUUGAAAAUAUAUAUUUUCGUUUGAAAUCUGCGUUGCUUGCCAAGCUUGCUAGAGGCACAAGAAUUGUUGCUGAAUGCCAGCCGAAUGCUGCCAAUCCAGGACAAACCUCUCGCAUAAAAUACCCAGAGUUAAAGUUACCUACCUUUUCGGGCAAAUUACAGGAGUGGAUUAAUUUUCGGGACAACUUUAAAUCACUGAUUCACAGUAAUGAGGACCUGAGUCCAAUGGACAAGUUCAAUUAUUUGCGAGCUUCUUUGCGGGAUGAUGCGCUGCUUCAAAUUAAUCAGGUGCAGGUUAGUGCAGCAACAUAUAAUAUUGCUUGGGCCAUUUUGGAAACGAAAUAUGAAAAUCACAAACUGAUAGCUCAUGAGCACCUCAAGGCAUUGUUUGCUGUUCCUGCUAUGCGAUCGGAAUCUUUUGAUGCACUGAAUACCAUACUCAUGACGUUCAAGGUAAACCUACAACAAUUAGAGAAAUUAGGAGAAAACACAAGGAAUUGGAGUACACUCUUGGCCUUCAUGCUGUCGCAGAAACUAGACAACACAACGCUACGUCACUGGGAAACACAUCAUGCGUGCAAAGAUAUUCCACGAUAUGCAGACAUGGCUGACUUUUUAGAACAGCACUGUGGGAUUUUGCAUUCUACGUCAGGUCGAAGAGAAGUUGAGCAGCGGCGGUCCUUCAGGAGCCCUGCAAUCCACACUGUAACUCAGAGUACAAGUGUCUGCCCUAUCUGCAAUGGAGGUGCGCAUAGCAUUGAACAAUGUCGUCGGUUCAGCGAAAUGAGAGUGGUCGAUCGGAGAGUUGCUAUUCGGAGACUUGGUUGGUGCUUGAACUGUUUAUCUCAGGGACACUUCAUGGCUGAUUGCUCUAGGCGUACCUGUGCAAAAUGUGGACAACGCCAUCAUUAUUUACUACAUCCGUUUAUGUCAGCCAAUUCGACGACACAAGGUCAAACCCAGAACAUCCCGAACAGGCCUCAAGUCGGUAACGCGAACGUGCAAAUGCCGCAUCGUCAACAGUCCCAAACUCAGCAACAACCACAUUCACAGGGACAAUCCCGGAUGAAUAAUGCUCAGUUAAAUUCUCAACCCGCAACAGUACAGAACACUGCAUCGCAACCUACACGACAGCCACCUCCCACAAACACAACAGCUACUCUUCACCACACUGCUACUUUACACAACAUUCGCAGUCACCGGAACACAACACUUCUGUCAACUGCAAUCGUGAAUUUUGCUGAUCGCUCCGGCAAUACGACCCUCGCUCGUGUGUUAUUAGACAACGGGUCCCAAAUAUGCAUUAUCACGGAAAACCUUUCCCAGAAACUAAACUUUAAACGGUUCCAUGAAAAUCUUCCAGUAAAGGGUGUUGGUGAUGCUUUGACGGUGUCUAAACAAUCUGUGUUAGCAAGAAUCCUGUCACGAAAUUUAUUGUUCGAGACCAAAGAGCUGAAGUUUUAUGUACUACCUCGAAUCACGUUGAAUUUGCCGCAGCAUAGUAUCGAUAUCGGUACAUGGAAGCUGCCGACUGAUAUUUGCUUAGCUGAUCCAAGCUUCUACGAGUCUGGUGGAGUUGAUGCAAUUUUGGGUGUUUCAGUCUUUUAUGAUCUGUUGCUGGGAGAGCAGAUGAAGCUGUUGGAAACAGGUGUGACUCUAUGUAAUACCCAACUCGGUUGGAUAGUAGCGGGAGAAAUAUCGGACAACUCUGAAGCUAGCUAUAGCAUUGCCGUCGCAAAUGUAGUCACAACUGAAGAAAUCCAUGAACAACUGGCGUUUCUGGGAGUUAGAGACCUGUAG